AUGUCAAAUACCUUACCAGGAAAUUAAGAUUUCUUAUUUCUUACUCUUUAUAGUCAACUCCAAUUUCUCCAAACAAUCUCAUAAGAUAUACGUAGUACUUAGAUAUGAUCUGAAAAAUAUUAAUAAAAUCUCAUUUUCUCUCUCUCUGAAGAGAAAAGAGAAAGAGGAAAUGAGUUGGAUGUCAAAGGUAAUGGGGGCAGCCCCAUUCAUGGUGAUGAUAAUAGUGGAAUGUGUUGAAGUUGGUUUAUCAACACUAAGUAAAGCAGCCAUGGUUAAGGGAAUGAGCAACUUUGUCUUCAUUGUCUAUUACAAUGCUCUUGGUACCCUUAUUCUUCUACCCGUUUUCCUCUACAACAUUUUCAGAGGGAAGGGUGUUCGCCUCACCUUUUCACUCCUCUAUAAAUUCUUUCUCCUUGGAUUAAUUGGGAUUUGUUUGUUGCAGAUAUGUGCAUAUACUGGUAUAAACUACAGCUCUCCAACUCUAGCAGCAGCUAUUGGCAAUCUCAUUCCAGUUUUCACAUUUAUCUUAGCAGUCAUUUUGAGGAUGGAAAUACUUGAUUUGAGGAACCCCAGCAGCCAAGCAAAAUGCAUAGGUACUAUUGUAGCUAUUUCAGGAGCAAUGGUGGUAACUCUUUACAAAGGCCCCCCUUUGAUAACUCAAACGCCUUCUGAUGCAUCAUCUAAUAAGCUUCUUUCGAUGCCCUCAAAGUGGACUCUUGGUGGCCUUCUCUUAGCAAUUACUUCUCUUUUGUCGUCAACGGGCAACAUUCUUCAGACAGCUACUGCAAAGGAAUGCCCAGAUGAAUUGACUCUAGUCUUCUUCUAUAGCUUAUUUGGGACUCUGCAAUCUGCUGCUGUUUCCAUCUUUCUGGAGAGUGACUCAAAUAAAUGGGUAUUACAUCACAAGAUCGAAAUCAUUGCUAUCGUAUACGCAGCAGUAACAACUACAGUUUUUCGCAAUACUGUCAUUACAUGGUGCCUACGUGAAAAGGGGCCUGUCUAUGUAGUUACUUACAAGCCCUUAGCAAUUGUCAUAGCAAUGAUCAUGGGUUUGGCGUUUCUAGGGGAUAACCUCUAUCUUGGGAGUGUGGUUGGAUCAGUUGCCAUUACUGCUGGAUUUUACUCAGUCAUUUGGGGGCAAGCCAGAGAAAAGGAUGAUCUUGCAGCAAAAAGUAUAGGUAAGUUGGAGUCCUCUUGUAACCAAAGUACCCCCCUGUUGUAAAUCGCUGAUGACUUGAUGCGAUUGAAAGUGAUAGUAAUUCUAUUAAAGACUACAUCACUCCUUAAUUAGCUAUAUGAUAUGACUUCAAUUUAAUCAAAGUGCCAAUUUCAAUAAACUAUAUUUUUUAUACUGAAA